AUGAUAAAACAACUAUUGAUAUCACCAAGUUGUAAGAUACUACCAACAAAUAGAUUUAUAUAUAAUUGGUAUUCAUGUUAUUCUACAAAUAAACCUCGAAAAUCAAUAGAAAGUAAUCAAAAGAAAUCAACCACCACCACCACCUUCACACCAACACCCACAUCCACUUCCACUUCUUCAUCACAGUCUCAAUCUCCUACUACUGAUCAAAUAUUAUUUGAACAAUUUCAAAAAUCGGUUAUUAAAAAUGAUAUAAAACAUAAUCCCAAUAAUCAACCAUUUUGGAUGAAACGAAAUCGAACCAUUAAAUCAAAGCAUAGUCAUUGGAAUCCAACUAAAAAAUUAUCACGACUGGAAAUGAAUAAAUUACGAGAAUUGAAACAAUAUUUCCCACAUUUUACAACUGCAGAUUUAGGGAAAAUUUUCCAUAUUUCUCCAGAAUCAGUACGAAGAAUUUUGAAAAGUAAAUAUAUCCCUGAUGAUGAUUGA